UGAAGAGUAGUGAUUAAAUUUAUAUUCUCUGAUAUAAAUUUUGAUUUUUUCUGGAUUUUAAUUUUUAUUAAACAAAUAUGGAUAGUGAUAGUGACAGUGCUGAUAGUGGAGGUGAAGGAACCAGUUACGGUUUAAAAAAGAAGAUGAAAUACAGUCAGUCCUACAAAUCAGAUUGGGAGAAAGAACCACGCUUCACAGGUUGGCUUAUUAAAAGCCAAAAAGGGAAAAAUUUUGGAUUCUGCAAGGCAUGCAAUAAAGAUAUUAAUAUAUCCAGUGGAAAGGACUCACUUAUAAAACAUACACAGCGAAAAAUCCACGAAGAAAAUGUAAAAUCUAUCAAAAAUCAACCGUCCAUGACUAAAUUUGUUACAGACAAGACACAAAAAGGAGGCAAAGGGCUCAAGACACCAAAGAAGCUGAGAUACGGCUGGCGGCGUUUGUAGCUGAACAUAAUCUUCCAUUUACCGUUAUGGAGCAUUUGCCUGAUCUAAUAAAAAAUAUAUGUUCUGAUUCCGAAAUUGCUCGUGGUUUGGCUUCUAGCAGAACCAAAACAACGUCGAUUGUAAAAAAUGUAAUUGGCCAGGAAGAAUUUUUGAACGUUUGCGAAGAUCUAAGACAAAAUAAGUUCUCAUUAAUAGUAGAUGAAUCGACGGAUGUUAGCACCACUAAGCAUCUUUGUUCCGUAGUGAGGUAUCGAAAAAAUAAUGUAAUAAAAGACAAAUUUUUUGCUCUAUUACCUUUAUCAAUGCUGAUGCAAAAACUUUAUAUAACGUUGUUAUAGACCUUUUUAAAACUAACAAUAUUCUGUAUAAAAAUAAUUUAAUUGGAUUUUCUGCGGAUGGGGCUAAUGUCAUGAUGGGCAAAACUAAUUCAUUAAUGGUACUUUUAAAGAAAGAUAUUCCUUUUUUGUUUGUGAUGAAGUGCAUAUGCCAUUCAUUCCACCUUUGCGCUUCUUACGCUUCACAAAAAAUACCAAGGUUUGUCGAGGAUCUUGUGAGGGAUAUUCAUAAUUAUUUUAAUUCUAGCCCAAAAAGAACUUCAGAAUUCCGUGACUUUCAGGCUUUUUGUAACAUAAAAAUACAUAAAAUUCUGCACCCAUCACAGACUAGAUGGCUUUCUGUUCAAAGUGUAGUAAGUCGUAUUUUAGAACAAUACAAUCCAUUAAAAUUAUACUUUACUGACGCUGUUUUCCAAAAUGAUGUUUUAGCUACGAAUCAAAUUUUGAAAAGGUUAAACGACCCUACUACUCUCUUAUUUUUGUAAUUUUUAGAUUUUGCUUUGCCUUUUUUCAAUAAUUUAAAUAAGGAUAUGCAAGCAGAGAGCCCAAGAAUAC